AUGAGCAGGAUGCGAUGGAUCCCCCAGGAUGAUGAGCCUUUGCGGCCAGAGGAUGGCCGCCAGACAUGGCGGGGGACCUCGUCCGAGUGGAUACGCCUAAUUCUUCCAGAAUGGAAAAUAGGAAACGAAAGAAAAGCGAGUAAGACAGAAGACAGAGAAGCCAAGGCGUCGAACCACGCCGCCAGUGAUCGGACUUUCCUACGCUCGCUUGUUCACGAUCGUGGCUCCCCAUCGCACGACGAUCGUGGCACCUCCACACCCACCAGCCCAUCGCAUCCCAUCCAAGCCACCACAAACGGCCGAUCCCACCGGUUCGUCGGGCAUUUUGAUACCACCGGUCACGAUCAACCGUUGAUCAGGGGUAGCGGAGGGGAACCAACCCAACGGGAAGCCCACCGGGACGCAGCGACGGGUCCAGGGACACCCGGACACGUCCAUGUUUGCGUGCUUGGUUCGGACCACGUUGUACCACCUGUACGCAGUACGAGACACGCGAUACCACCGAGACCUCAACGCACAGAUCACGUUGUGGCUGAUCGCGCCUUCUGGGAAAUUUGGGAAAUUUGGGAAAUUUGGAUUGUCUCAGCGCUGCACGCGGUGAUUCGCCGGGCGAAUUGCCUGUUCCUGAAAACCCAGCCUGGUGGAGAGGCCGCUAAACUCCCUCGGGAUGAGGCCAGAGAGGAUACUCAUCUCCCCCAGCGCAUCCCCGGACAUCAUGGUCUCAUUGGCCCAUUUGUUCAUGGGACGUGCUUCCCCUUUCGCACCUGUUUACCGUCUUCGCUUCUCGCUGGGCGCCGGGCGCUGAGCGGCCCAACUUCCCAGCGCACCCCAUUUUCCGACCGGCCCCGCCACUAUUGA